AUGCACACAGCGGCACUGGAGUGGGCGUGGGGCGGCCACGGCUGUGUGGGUGUGGGCCGUGUGCUCUGCGGUGGUGGUGGCGCAGACGUAACUCUUAAGUUCGAGACUUCAACGCUUCGAUUGUCGGGCUAUUUGGUUUUCCUAUUCAAAAGAUCAACAAAUUCAGAAAAAAAUCUCGCUCUGACUACCAUCGCCAUGUCAGACGUUGAGACGACGUUCGAUCGCCUGUUGAAACUGCCGGGCGUCAUGGGGGCUAUACUGGUCAAUGGCGAAGGCGAAGCCGUUCGCACAUCCAUGGAUUCUACGUCUAGCAGCAUAUUUGCCGGAAAAAUGCGACCGAUGGUGAAGAUGGCACGGGCGCUAGUGCACGAGGUCGAACCUACGGAUGAGCUUACGUAUCUGCGUAUGCGAACCCUCAAGAGUGAGAUUCUGGUGGCCGCUGAGAACGAGCACAUGAUCAUACUCGUACAGGAUACGAAUAUUUUGGAUGAGGCGCGUAGGAAUAGCUCAUCGUCGUCCAAGAAGAGUGAAUGAAUUCUGUAUGCAAUGUGACCAUCUUUCCGCCACUCCUCUCCACGCAGCCCCUCCAGCUC